UGUCUAGUCAGUCUCCAGUUAAAACAAGCCAGCUGCUCCGCACCACACCCCAAAACACUAGCCCCACUCUUCUCCCUCUUUCCCUCGAAAAAACAAAACAUCAAUACCUUCACUCUCGACUCGUCUCUCUCUCUCUCACUCUCACUCUCACUCUCACACUUCACUCUCCGCCGCUUAAAAAUGCUAUUCCUAACAACACAACAACAAUGAAACUUCAACACCAACAGACCACACAAUGCCAUUUACACGAACAACCCCACUACUUUCUCUUCUCAUCCUCUUCUGCUAUCUCUCCACCGUCAUCGUCACCGUUCACUGUGCGGCCACCUCGAAAUCUCCGCCGUUGGUGACUCCAGCAGCGAACUUGAUACUGCCAUCCGACGCCGUUUCGCUGCUCAGUUUCAAGACGAAAGCCGACCUAGACAACAAGCUCCUCUACGAGCUCCACGAGCGCUUCGAUUACUGUCAAUGGCAAGGCGUGAAAUGCGCGCAAGGCCGUGUGGUCCAUCUCAUUCUCCAAGGCUUCGGUCUCCGAGGCGAGUUCGCUCCCGACACUUUGACUCGCCUCAACCAGCUCCGAGUCUUGACUCUCACCAACAACUCGCUCUCCGGUCCGAUUCCUGACCUCUCUCUACUCGUCAACCUCAAGUCCUUGUUUUUAGACCAAAACAGUUUCUCCAGCUCUUUUCCUCCGUCGAUUCUUCUACUCUUUAGCCUCCAGGUACUUGAUCUCUCGCACAACAAUCUCACCGGUCCGAUUCCCUUUGGUUUGAACGAGUUGGACCGGCUCAGCUCUCUCCGGCUCGACUCGAACGGGUUCAACGGUUCGCUUCCUCCGCUGAACCAGUCCACUCUUCAAGUCUUCAACGUUUCGGCUAACAACCUCACUGGAUCGAUACCGGCCACGCCGACUCUCCUGCGGUUCGACACGACGUCGUUUCAGUCGAACCCGAAUCUCUGCGGCGAGAUCAUCAACAAGGCUUGCGAAUCUCGCACUCAUUUCUUCGAUUCUCCCAAACCCAACAAUGACACGUCACCCUCCGCCGCCGCCACCACCACCACCACGCCGCUCGGACAAAGCGCACAGUCACAAAGCGGAAUGCUCAUUUCCCCACCGUCGCCGAAGCACAAGAGCACCGGACUAAUUCUAGGGUCCUCGAUCGGAGUUUCACUCCUAAUCGCCUCUCUUCUCUUCGCGUUCGGCUUGGUCAAGAACAAAAAAGGCACUACCUCCGACACUAACGCCAAAAGCCCAGAUCAAAACCCGAAAACCUCAACAACGACGUCGUUCGAGGCCACUCCUCGUCCGAAUUCAACAGCCCAAGCUCAAGAAGCGGAGGAAAACGACAUAGUGUUACAGCUACGCAAAAGCGACGAGCUACGAAGGGUACAGAAGAGUGGGAACUUGGUGUUCUGUGGAGGAGAGGCACAAGUGUACAAUUUGGAGAUGCUGAUGAGAGCCUCGGCGGAGUUGCUUGGGAGAGGUACGGUGGGGACGACGUACAAGGCGGUGCUGGAUAACCAGUUGGUUUUGACGGUGAAGAGAAUGGACGCGAAUAAGACUGCGAUUACGAGCAGCCAAGUUUUCGACCACCAUAUGGCCGCCGUGGGUAGGCUGCGCCACCCGAAUUUGGUUCCGAUCAGAGCAUACUUUCAGGCCAAGGGAGAGAGGCUGGUGAUCUAUGACUAUCAAGCUAAUGGGAGUCUCUUCAGUCUCAUUCACGGUUCAAGAUCAACUAGGGCAAAGUCUCUCCACUGGACAUCAUGCUUAAAGAUAGCUGAAGAUGUGGCCCAGGGCCUUGCCUACAUCCACCAAGUAUCAAGGUUGAUCCACGGCAACCUGAAGUCCUCCAAUGUCCUUCUUGGAGCUGACUUUGAGGCUUGUGUCACAGACUAUUGCCUUGCAGUCCUUGUAGACUCUUCUAAUGAAGAUCCUGAUUCUGCAGGCUACAAAGCCCCUGAGACCCGCAGAUCCAACAGCCGAGCCACUCUCAAGUCUGAUGUCUAUUCCUUUGGCAUCCUUCUACUGGAGCUUUUGACUAGUAAACAUCCAUCACAACAUCCAUUCCUUGCGCCCACGGAUGUGCCUAAUUGGGUCAGAGCAAUGAGGGAAGAUGAUGGUGGUGAAGACAACAGACUUGGAAUGCUGACUGAGGUUGCUUGUAUUUGUAGUGUGACAUCACCGGAACAAAGGCCAGCAAUGUGGCAAGUUUUGAAAAUGAUACAGGAGAUAAAGGAGAACGUGAUGGUAGAAGAAAAUUCAUCUCUUGAAUCUUCAUAGUUGUCUGGAUUUACACAAUUGGGUGCAAAGAAGAAAAUCGAGGUAACUACUAAGCAAAAGUCAACUGUAUAUUUUGGAAAGGAGGCUAAGCGUGCCUAAGAGGAAGUAUAACAGAAGGGAUAAGUUUGAACAAAUUAUAUAUGGGGGCUAAGGAAAUUUACUAAACUCAUACACACAACCUCCUGUAUUUCUAUAUAUGGUGGAUAAAUCAUGAUUUUAUAGAAGCUAAUAUUUUUUUCUA